AUGGACCUGGGGUACUUCGCUCUCUCCUUUCCGCCGGGGCUGUGCCCCGGGGCCCCGCAGGUCCCGUACCCCCAUCGAGGGGACGACGCCUUCCUGGCGCCGGGCACCACGGCCAGCGCCGCGUCCCCCCCGCAGGCGCUGGGGUACGCGGCGGCUGCCCCCGCGGGGCUGGGCCCCGGCUGCCGGCCGUCCCGGGGAGCCGGACCGCCGGGCUGCGCUACGUCCGUCCUUCCCGGGAGCGGCUGCCCGCCGCCGCAGGACCCCGACCGCCCCCGGCUCGGCUCGGGCGGCGGGGGGCUGCGGCAGCUCUCGCCCUGCCCCGAGGCCGCCCCUUCGCCCGGCUCUCCGGCUCCCGCGGCUGCCCCGGCAGAGCCCCGCACCUUCGAGUGGAUGCGAGCGAAGCGGAGCCCGCCAGGGAGAAGCGGCGAGGCGCCGUGCGGGGGGGAACCUCCCGCCUGCUCCGCACGCACCAGCUUCAGCACCCGGCAACUCACGGAGCUGGAGAAGGAGUUUCACUUCAGCCGGUACCUGUCGCGGGCCCGCCGCCUCGAGGUGGCCCGCUCGCUGCGCCUCCGCGACGCCCAGGUGAAGGUCUGGUUCCAGAACCGCCGCAUGAAGCAGAAGAAGCGGGAGCGGGAGGCGCUGGCCGCCCCCGCCGCCGAGCCCGCGGCUGUCCCGGGGGGCCCCGCCUGA